CCGACGAUGAUCCCCAGGAGAGCACUGCUGAUGAAGGAGACGACGAAGAAGAUGAGGAGAUGGAAGAUAUCGACAGCGAUGAAGACAAGAUAGAGCUCUCGGACAGCGCUUCCAUGCUGCGCCUGAUGGAGAGUCUACCCGAGGCGGAGGCCCGACGUCACGAGCAGUUUCGUCGUUCGCACUUUGAGCGUGGGGCCAUCAAACGGUGUAUGGCACAGGCGAUCCACGAGUGCUCGGCCUCAGACAAAAAGGAUCCCAAUGUAACAAACGUGAUGGCCAUUGUCAUGUCCGGUAUGACCAAGGUCUUCGUCGGGGAGAUCACCGCUGAGGCACGACGGAUUAUGGAGAAGAACGGCGAGACAGGCCCGAUCCGUCCGCGUCACCUUCGUGAGGCACACCGCAAGUACUACAAACGUCGACCACUGGCCCGCGGACGUAAUAUGCGGCGUCUGUUUCGGUAGGAACAACGCUAUCCGGUCUGCUGUGGUUCACAAGUCUAUUUAGUCGUCGUAAGAAUCUAU